CGCGGAGAGCGCGUUUCAGUCCUUGCGUUCAAUCCUCCACGAGACAGAUAGUUUGAGAAAAGCAUAGGUAUCGUAUGACGGCCCGUUUCUCUCUUUUGCUUCUUUUAUUAUCGAAAUGUACAUCAUUAUAGCUUCUUCCAAGUUGACCGAAUCUUGUCGGUUGCGUAGAAUCACGCGAUCACUAAUUAAGUUUUCCGACAUGGGAAUUAAUCCGAUGUUCGCACCCUCUUCUUCUUAUAGGAGACUAAGAUUCGCGCCUUCUUUUCGAUGACCACUUCCAAAACUAGGUGGGUUGGUAAAGUUGAAGAGGGGAGCGAGCACGUGUUGACUGAACGAGCCACGAGCGCGUCAAACGCGACUCCCGGAUUCGCAACCGAGAUGACCCUACUUUUGCACAACCUCGAGUUCCGAUUUUUCCAACGAUAUCAAAGCAUCAAUGUCGAAUCAAAACUCACGCACGGCAUGGCUCAAGCCAACCCCUGCAGAUAUCCUCAACGCCCCAAAACAAUCCGCAAAAGCGGGGACGGCCGGAAACUGCCGCAGUCGACAACCCUGAGUCCGAUGCCGAAACAAAGUUCAAGAAGUCGAAACCACCAACAAGGCAACAUCCGCAAAGUUGACAUCUGCGAAGUAAGCACCCGGAGGAAAGAAAGCUGCCGAACAGCUGUACAAGAAGAUAAUCGGCGAUGUCAACAAGAAAGUCUGCGGUCUGGACACGCGAGUCAAGAAGAUGAGCCCAAACAGCACCGCGGUCACAUCAGACCGCUACGCCGGGGCGACGGUCAAGUUCACCAAGGACAUUGAGAAGUUGAUGGCUAUGGGUCUGGACGGAGAGAGGUGUGCAUUCAAUGCUAUACCUUACAUUGGUUCAGAUGCACAAGGUGAUCUUGAAUAAACCCUCCGCUAAACCGCACUUCUUAUAUUUUAGACAUCUCAAUAUAUAUCAACUUUACUAUCAUAUUUUGAA